CUUCUUCACCGCAUGCACUACCCUUUACCAUGGGUUCUCUCGCAAAGCUCACCGAUUCAUUUGGAGUCCAUAUAGAUGGCAAAUCUCCCAUCACACAGGUCAUUGUAUCUGCCAUUCUCCUUGCAGGCAUAUACUCCGUUUGCAAGCCUAUCCUAAGCUAUGUCCGACUUAUUCUCAGCUUGUUCGUACUACCAGGUGAAUCGCUCACUAAAUUCGGACCCAAAGGCUCCUGGGCUCUGGUUACCGGUGCUUCCGAUGGCAUUGGCAAACAAUUCGCUCUCACACUCGCUUCGAAAGGAUACAACUUAAUCCUCGUGUCACGCACUGAAUCUAAACUUUCCAUUCUCGCUUCCGACAUAUCCGCUAAAUAUGGCAGAGUCUCCACUAAGACACUAGCCAUGGACUUCGCCGUCAAUAACGACAUUGACUAUAGCAGGCUCCAAAAACUCAUCGAGGGACUUGAUAUCAGUAUUUUGGUAAACAAUGUUGGACUCAGCCACUCUAUUCCCGUGCCAUUUGUGGAGACGCCGCAUAAGGAGAUGACGGACAUCAUCAUGAUCAACUGUCUCGCGACUCUGCGGGUAACCCAGCUCAUCGCCCCAGGCAUGAUCUCCCGCAAACGAGGUCUGAUCCUUACGAUGGCCUCUUUCGGCGGCGCCUUCCCUACUCCACUCCUUGCAACGUAUUCCGGAAGCAAAGCUUUCCUUCAGCAAUGGUCCACAGCUCUCGGCUCUGAGUUAGCACCCCACGGUGUUCGUGUCCAGGUCAUUCAGUCCCAUCUCAUUACAACCGCAAUGUCCAAGAUUCGGAAGUCCUCUGCACUAGUGCCGAGCCCAAGACAAUUUGUGAACGCUGUGCUAGGAAAGAUUGGCCGGAGUGGCGGUGCGCAAGGCAUCGCGUUUACGAGCACCCCUUAUUGGAGUCACGGACUAAUGCAUUGGGUUCUGUCAAGCUUUGUCGGAGAGAGGUCGAGAUUUUUAGUAGAUAGGAAUAGGGUCAUGCAUGAAAACAUUCGGAAACGGGCAUUACGCAAAGCAGAGAGGGAGGCCAAGAAACGAUAGAGCUAAAUAAAGACCACAUUUGGUAACGAAUCCAAGAGUGCUAAUU